UUUCCAGGUACGCGGCAGCUGCGCGGUACACAUCGAGACUUCCAACUGCUCAAACACUUUAAGGUUCACUUCGAAUUCACAACCUGGAAGUUUUUAAUAAACCGUUUUUAAUUUAUAAUUCUCCUAAUUCUCUUCGACCAAGGAUCUUCGUCUCAACUUCAGACGUACUCAAAACCCCGCCAUCUAGAAGCCUCCCUUCCGAUCUUAAUCAGUGUCACCCCUGUCUUUCGUUUUUGUAUCCUGUUGUGCGAGCCCAAACCAAGUCCGACUAUGGUCUCCCAUCUUCGAGUCUCUCAAUCCUCAUUCUUGUCGACUUGUACUUUCUGAAUUAAUUAUUUGGAUAUGUCGUCGAACGCGUCGGAUGAACGACUAACCCAUGAGGCCAAGGGUAAGCCCGCCUCCCCAAACAUGGCUAAAGGGAAGGAAACAUACACGCCAAGCACCGUGGCCGUGACCGGGUUACCCGACUCUCCUCCGGGUAUGAUCGACGCUCAUGCGGAACGGCGCCUCCUCCGCAAGAUUGACCUGCACGUCUGGCCUAUCCUAUUCAUCAUCUACAUGAUGUCUUUCCUCGACCGGAUUAAUAUUAGCAAUGCCCGCAUUCAGGGCAUGACCCAAGAGUUGGAUCUGUAUGGAAACAGAUUCAACAUCGCCCUUUUUGUCUAUUUCGUCCCAUACAUCAUCUUCGAGAUCCCGAGCAACAUGAUCUUCCGCAAGACCAAGCCAGAAUACUACCUUUCAUCCCUCAUGCUAUGCUGGGCUAUCAUCAACAUGUGCAUGGGCUUCGUGACGACGUACCAAGGUUUAGUCGUCCUGCGAUUCUUCCUCGGCACUUUCGAGGCUGGCAUCCUACCCGCCAUCAUCUACUUGACAUCCACAUAUUACAAGCGCCACGAGUUCCAGACACGCAUGAGCUUCUUCUUCUGCUCCACCGUGAUCGGCGGCGCCUUUGGAGGCCUCCUCGCCUACGCCAUCGCCUCCCUCGACGGACGCCACGGCAUUGCCGGUUGGCGGUGGAUCUUUAUCGUGGAAGGCGCCGUUACCGCGGCCAUUGCCAUGAUAGCCUUCUUCCUAAUUGUCGACUGGCCAGAACAAUGCCGGUUCCUGACCCCUGAAGAGAAAAAGCAGCUGGAGCUGCGGCUUGCCGACGACGGCGCAGGUGCUGUAGCACGCAUGGACAUGCUUAACGCGUACGCAUACCGGCGCAUCUUAACUGACUGGAAGGUCUGGCUCGGCGCGCUCACGUACAUGGGCGUCGGAAUCACGGGAUACGCGACGACCUUCUUCAUGCCGACGAUCCUAAGCGAGUUUGGCUGGACGGCGCGGGCCGCACAGGUACAUACCAUUCCCGUGUACGCUGUGUCGGCCGUAGGCAUGGUGUCAGUAGCGUACCUCUCGGAUCAUUAUAAGCACCGCUUCAGCUUUAUCAUUCUAGGCUGCUGUAUCGCGACGAUCGGUUACGGCAUGUUGCUGGGCCAGGCACACCUUUCCAGCGAUGCCAAAUACGCCGCCGUUUUCUUGGUGUCGCUGGGCGGCUUCAUCUGCCCGCCUAUUGCGCUCGCGUGGCUUUCAAACAACGUUUCGGGUAACUGGAAGCGGUCCUUUGCGUCUGCCGCUCAGGUUGCCUUCGGAAAUAUCACAGGCAUCGUGGCGGCUCUCGUUUAUCGCCAAGAUGAAGCCCCGCAUUACCCCACUGGCUACGGUACAUCCCUAGCACUGAUGUGGGUUGGCGGUAUCGCGGCAUUGCUGCUCUUUACGGGCAUGCUCAUCGAGAAUAGGAUGCGCGAUGCUGGUAAGAGAGACGCUCGGCUGAAUCGUCCGAAGGAAGAGGUUGAUAAUAUGGGCGACUAUCAUCCUUCGUUCCGGUUUACGUUAUAAAUCCGUGAACUGGUUGGAAUAUUUUCAUUCCCCCUUUCGACUCUCGCUGGAUACCUUGGACGUACAUAUGCCUUGAGUUGGAACGGAGGAAUAAUCUCGUGUUGGCGGCAUGAGUGUGACUACACAUAAUGGAGGGUGUGCAUAUGAAAGGGGAAUGUCCAUCAUAGAGACAAAGGCUCUCGCCCAUGCAUAAAUGUAAUGAUUAAUGACUGCUGAUAAUAAUUCAAGGUGGAACUUAUCUUGACACAAGCAAGUGACUCCGUGUACUUGUACUAUGCGAACUACAUGGUUGUUAAUUGUUGCCUCCAGAAGUAACAGUAGUGACAGGGACAUACAGGGGUAUUUCGAUCUGUCGAGACAACAGAUUUUACAACCGGCGAUUAUAUGGGAAUUUGAACAACAAAUGCGU